AUGCAGCUGAGGACCUCAACUGGCAGGACUGAGCUCUCCCUUGGGCUCCUUCUCUUCUGGGCUCUCCUUCCUUCUGAGGUGCCUGGGAAAGAAGUGGAUCUGCUAGACACAAGCACUGCACAGGGUGAACUGGGCUGGCUUCCAGACCCUCCAGAAGUAGGGUGGAGUGAAGUGCAGCAGAUGAUAAAUGGCACCCCGGUCUAUAUGUACCAGGACUGCAGUGUGCUUUCUGAGGGAGACACCGAUCACUGGCUUCGCACCAACUGGAUUUAUCGGGGUGAGGCAGCCUCUCGCAUUUAUGUGGAGCUGAAGUUUACUGUGAGGGACUGCAAGAGCUUCAAAGGCGAAGUGGUGACCUGCAAAGAGACUUUCAACCUCUAUUACAUGGAAUCUGAGCAAGAUGUCGGGAUCCAGUUCCGCCGCCCGCUGUUCAUCAAGCUCAACACUGUGGCAGCAGAUCGAAGUUUCACAAACAGAGACAUUGAAUCCGGUGCCAUGCAGCUGAACACAGAAGUAUGCCCCAUUGGGAAGCUGUCUCGCCGGGGCUUCUACUUAGCUUUCCAGAACUCAGGGGCUUGCGUAGCAAUGGUGUCUGUCCGAGUGUAUUACAAGACGUGCCCGGAGGCAGUGCGAGGCCUUGCCCGUUUUCCAGAGACGCUAGCAGGUUCAGAGGGGCUGACAGAAGUGCUUGGGGCCUGCGUGGAGCAUGCAGCUGAAGAAAUGGGCUCUCCGCCUAGGAUGCACUGCAGCACUGAUGGCGAGUGGCUGGUACCAAUGGGACGAUGCCUUUGUGCUGUGGGGUUUGAGGAAGUCGAUGGGAGCUGCGUAGCCUGCCAGCGGGGAUUCUACCGUCACUCUCUGGAGACUAACCGCUGCCUCAAGUGCCCCCCAAACAGCUUGUCCAACGAGUCAGGGGCUACAUCUUGUUCCUGUAACGCAGGCUUCUACCGAGCACCUUUGGAGGGCCAGAACAUUGCUUGUACCCGUCCCCCCUCAGCUCCCCGCAAUGUCAGCUUCUCCCUUAUUGGCACACAGCUCUCUCUGUGGUGGCAGCCACCCAGUGACCAUGGUGGGCGAAAGGAUCUGACUUACACAGUCUUCUGUCAGCGCUGUCAUUUCAUGUCUUGUGAGCCAUGUGAGGCUGGUGUGGUAUUCACCCCCAGUGCUUCUGGUCUCACUAAACCUGCUGUGGAUGUGGACGGCCUAGAAGCUUACACCAACUACACAUUUGCUGUGGAAGCCCAUAAUGGUGUCUCAGGAAUGGGACCUGCUCCCCAGAGAACUGCUCCAGCUGUCUGGGUCGCAGUUGGACAUGCAGCUCCAGUGACAGUGUCCCAUUUUAUCCUGACACAAAGAGAUGACAGUAGUCUGUCUGUUUCUUGGCUUGCCCCACGGCAGCGCAGCCAGACCGCAGUGGAGUAUGAGGUCAUGUUCUUUGAGAAGGGAGAGGAGGCACGAUACACAGUGAAGCACCUUCUUGAGCCAAAUGUCACUCUGACAGACCUUCAACCAGACACAGCCUACCUGCUUCGUGUGAGAUCCAUCACACCUCUUGGGCCUGGGCCCUACUCCCAGGAGCAGGAAUUCCGCACCCUUCCACCAGACACAGGAGCUCUAUCUGGUGGAGUCAUAGUCUCCAUUAUUUUUGGAGUUCUACUAUUUAUUGGGCUGCUUCUGGGACUUCUGUUCUUUCGACGAAAGCAUGCUCGUCGCAGACAAUCACGGCCAGAUUACAAUACUUCAGGCUUUGAUCGAGAGAAGGUCUGGCUGAAGCCCUAUGUAGACCUGCAACCUUAUGAUGACCCUAGCAGAGGAGUGCUGGAAUUCAUUAAGGAACUGGAUGUCUCCUGUGUCACUAUGGAGAAUGUGAUUGGGGAGGGGGAGUUUGGGGAGGUCUAUCGUGGGUCCCUACGGCUCCCAGGCAAAGAACGUAUUGUGGUUGCAAUCAAGACCCUGAAGUCAACAUAUUCAGACUCACAGUGGUGGAACUUUCUGCGUGAGGCAACAAUUAUGGGUCAGUUCGACCACCCAAACAUUGUGCAUCUGGAAGGAGUUGUCACCAAAAGGAGGCCAAUGAUGAUCAUCACUGAGUAUAUGGAGAAUGGAGCGCUGGAUACCUUCCUGCGGGAAAAUGAGGAAAAAUUUAGCCCUGUGCAGCUUGUGUCCAUGCUGCAAGGGAUAGCCUCUGGCAUGACCUACCUUUCAGAACACAACUAUGUGCACCGGGAUCUGGCUGCUCGCAACAUCCUAGUAACACGCAGCCUUCAGUGCAAGGUGUCUGACUUUGGUCUCUCCCGAAUAUUGGAGAAUGAUGCAGAGGGAACCUAUGAAACCAAGGGUGGUAAGAUUCCCAUCCGAUGGACAGCCCCAGAGGCCAUUGCUCAUCGGAUAUUCACUUCAGCCAGUGAUGUCUGGAGCUUUGGAAUUGUCAUGUGGGAGGUGCUGUCAUUUGGUGACAAGCCAUAUGGAGACAUGACCAAUCAAAAGGUGAUGAAAAGCUUAGAGGAUGGGUACCGGCUCCCCCCGCCUGUGGACUGCCCAUCUAUUCUCUAUGAGCUUAUGAAGAACUGUUGGUCGCACGAUCGGAUGAGGAGGCCUCAAUUUCAUGAGAUCCAGGCACAGCUGCAACAUUUCAUCUCAAGUCCUCAUCUCCUCCGGUCUGUUGCAGACUUUGAUCCCAGGGUAACACUCCGGCUCCCCAGCUGCAGUGGAUCUGAUGGUAUCCCCUAUCGAUCCAUUCCUGAGUGGCUGGAAUCCAUUCGCAUGAAGCGCUAUAUCUCCAACUUUCGCACUGCUGGCCUUGACACCAUGGAGUCAAUUCUGGACCUCACGGCUGAGGACUUGAAACAGAUGGGAGUGUCACUUCCAGGCCACCAGAAGAGGAUCCUGUGUAGCAUCCAAGGCUUUAAAGAGUGAUCAGUUGUUGCAUUCUUAAGCUUGCCAAAUGCUGUCUUACCCACGUACCACUUG